ACUUGACGCAAUUGUUUGUUUACUUGACUUGCCGCACCUACCCAAUCCGUACUUCACCAUCGAGGUCACUGCCCCGACCAAUUCACCCAACAUACAUACUUUGGGUUUUUCUUUCUUUCUCGAAACAUCAAACGCGAUUGUGCAGGGUGGUGCCUUGGGAGACAAAGCUAACCUGACGCAUUGCGGAUAAUCGACUUCACUUCAAGCCACUACCACCUCACACCACUUUGUCUGCUUCCCCUUUCAUUGAACGACAUUUCAGCCACAAUACAUCUUGAGCGAGAUGGUUCGCCGUCGCAGCGGAUCAUCGUACCGACCAGACAAGAGAAAAACCCGGGAUUGGGACGACCCUGAGGAUGCCGCCGAGCGAUCGCGGCGGGUAUUUUACGAGCGAUUCGACGAGGAGAACAUUAGCCGUCUGUGGAGAAGAUAUGAUGCCGACUGGCAUCACAAACCAGGCGAGAGGUUUCUGACUCGGAAGGAGUUCACUGACCUGGUCGAGGAACUCCACACAACAAAGAUCACCACCAUUCACGACGAGGGUAUGAGGAGGCUGAAGGAAGCAGGUCGAAUGAACAAGGGCCGAUUAAACGAGAGCCGAUGGAACGAGAGCCAAUUGAACAAGAGCCGAAUGAACGAGGGUCGACUGGCAAAUACAACUACUUCACCAAGAGCCUCCUACGUUUCAACUACAACUCGAGCUGUUAGCAUCACCUCACUUCCCACCCAAUGGUCAAGUCGCACAGCGACGCCCCAGCCUCGAGGAAGGCAUUCAUCAACCCCAUCCACAGCAGCUCCUGAGCAAGACCAAUCUCCCACGCCUCCUUUCGAAAACUGCGUCAAGAGGGCCCGUUCAUUUUCACUCGACGUCCCCAAAGUCACCAUAUCCACCACCAUCAAAACUCAACUCUCGCCAACGAAAGCAGAACACAAGCCCAAACUAUCCGACAUACCCGCCCUGACCCCAGCACCCCCCUCAGCAUCACCGUCUCCGCUACAUCUCGCCCCGUCCACCGCCUCACCAACGUCCUCUCUAAUCGUCAAGCUAAGUCCGUGCCCCUCUCCCAGCCCGCGAAAGUCCCGAUUCAGCCCACUCGAGAGCCCAGCACAAUCGCAUUCCCAAACGCCGAGUGAAACGCCUCCGCCACCUCCUCCUCCACAGCAAAAACAGCAGCAACAACAACAACGACAACAGCCAUACAUCCCACCCACGCCCGCGGAACUCGACACGGCAAUAUCCCUCAUCCGCACCUCCUACGCCACCGAAGAGGCGCAAGCGCUAGCCCGACACACGCAACAAGUGAAAGCAGCGAAAGCGCUCGUGUGGAUCGAGGCCAUCAAGCUCGCCGGUGAAAUCCCCUGUCUCGCCGCCCUUGUCUCCGGCGCGUCUGGCGAGGGCGGCGAGGGCGCUGCGACAACAGGAGGGAGAGGAGAGAAAAAAAGCGGCCCAGAGGGAAUGACGGAAUCAGCACUGAUAAGUGCAUUUGCAGGCCUGAUCCGCUGGGAAGAGGGCGCCGAGAAGGCGAGGGAGUGUCUUGUGGAGGCGGUGGGCGGGUUGGAGGGGUUGGGGAUGGGAGGGGAGGUGAAGGGGGUGGGGGAGAGGGUUAGGGGGUUGAUGGGGUUGAUGGGGAGGGUGGGAAGGGUGAGAAGGGGGGUGAGGGAUUGUUUGGUUUUGGUGGGGAGGAGGGGGGGGGUGGUGGUUGGGGAGGGGCUGUUUUGA